AUGCCUCCCCCAACACCACCGGGGGAGACCCUACCGUUGUCAGACCCCGCAGGGCUUCCGUCAACCUCCCAAGCCCCGGAGCAGCCUCCGGCAGAGGUGGUGGUACAGACUCUGUCUUCAUCUUCCUCUCCGGAUGAGGCGGUGGCGGGUGCUGCUACGGCGGACCCUCCCCCGAUCGACCUGCGGGCCCACCAAGACCUUCUCCGCAGGGUGGCGAAAGCCAUUGACCUCCCGGUGGCAGAGGUCCCGGAAGAUGAAGAUCCCGUGACCAACGUCAUCGGCGCGGAGGCCCCGAUGCGGGUGGCCCUCCCGUUUAUCAAAACGAUUCAGAAAAAUGCCACGACCAUCUGGCAGUCGCCGGCGUCCGUCCCACCUACUGCAAGGAGCGUUGAACGUAAAUACUCGGUCCCCCCCACAGGAUACGAGUAUUUGUACACGCACCCCGCUCCGGACUCACUAGUCGUCCAGUCUGUCAACGACCGUGAGAGGCACGGACAGCCAGCCCCAGCGCCCAAGUCGAAGGACGCCAGGCGCAUGGACUUGUUGGGCCGCAAGGUGUAUUCGGCGGGGGGUCUCCAGCUCCGCAUUGCAAACCAGCUGGCCCUCCUAGCUCGGUACGCCUUUGACAUUUUCGUGUCCCUCGCGAAGUACUCAGAGCUGAUCCCGGCGGCUUCCCGCCAAGAAUUUUCGGCUCUGGUCGAGGAGGGCAGGAAAGCCUCCCGCUCUUCCAUCCAGGCUGCUCUGGAUUCGGCGGACUCAGGGGCCAGAACUUUGGCCUCUGGAGUAACUAUGCGGCGCAUCUCCUGGCUGCAGUCCUCCAUCUUGCUGCCCGAAGUGCAGUAUACCCUACAAGACCUGCCCUUUGAGACUCACGGCCUGUUUUCAGAGAAAACGGACUCGAGAAUACAGACCCUGAAGGACGGUCGUGUAGCUAUCCGCACUCUGGGUAUGCACACACCAGCUACCCAAAGGUGCUCCUUCCGCCAGCAGCAGUCCUUCCGGCCUUUUACCCAGGCCAGGUCAAGGCCCUACAAUAGUCGGCGCAACAGCCUCAACCGCCGUAGACCUUCGGGCAGCAGGCGCAACCAGGGAGGGUACAAGGGGGCUGAGCCUGAUGUCUCUUUAACGGCUUUUGUGCUGAUUGCAUUGGAAGAGGCCAAGGACAUCUGCAAGGAUCAAGUCAACGUGAGUUUACAAGUUGUUCUGAAGUCCAUCAUGAAGGCUAUGAUACCUCUGCUACAAAUUGGCCUACUCUUGUUUUUUGCAAUCCUUAUUUUUGCAAUCAUAGGAUUAGAAUUUUAUAUGGGAAAAUUUCACACCACCUGCUUUGACGCGGUGACAGGCGAAAUCAAGGUCGAUGUUCCAUGUGGGACAGAAGAACCAGCCCGCAUGUGCCCCAAUGGGACAGAAUGCCGUGAGUACUGGGAAGGCCCGAAUUACGGGAUCACGCAGUUCGAUAACAUCCUGUUUGCUGUGCUGACUGUCUUCCAGUGUAUCACCAUGGAAGGGUGGACCGAACUCCUUUAUUAUAGCAACGAUGCCUCAGGGAACACUUGGAACUGGCUGUACUUCAUCCCCCUCAUCAUCAUUGGCUCCUUUUUUAUGCUGAACCUUGUGCUGGGGGUGCUGUCUGGGGAGUUUGCCAAGGAAAGAGAGCGGGUGGAAAACCGGCGGGCGUUUCUCAAGCUGAGACGGCAGCAGCAGAUUGAGAGGGAGCUCAACGGCUACAUGGAGUGGAUCUCCAAAGCGGAAGAAGUGAUCCUAGCGGAGGAUGAGACGGAGGAGGAGCAGAGGCUCCCGUUUGAUGGAGCUCUGCGGAGAGCCACCAUCAAGAAGAGCAAGACAGACCUGCUGAACCCGGAGGAAGCAGACGAUCAGCUGGCCGACAUCUCCUCAGUGGGUUCACCCUUUGCUCGAGCCAGCAUCAAAAGUGCCAAGCUGGAAAACUCCACCUUUUUUCACAAAAGGGAGAGGAGGAUGCGUUUCUAUAUCCGCCGAAUGGUCAAAACUCAGGCCUUUUACUGGACAGUCCUCAGUCUGGUAGCACUCAACACAUUGUGUGUUGCUAUAGUACACUACAGCCAGCCAGAUUGGCUAUCUGACUUCCUCUACUAUGCAGAAUUCAUUUUCUUAGGACUCUUUAUGUCCGAAAUGUUUAUAAAAAUGUAUGGGCUCGGAACGCGGCCUUACUUUCAUUCCUCCUUCAACUGCUUCGACUGCGCCGUUAUCAUAGGGAGCAUCUUUGAGGUGAUCUGGGCUGUCAUGAAGCCUGGAACAUCCUUUGGAAUCAGCGUGUUACGAGCUCUCAGGUUAUUGCGUAUUUUCAAAAUCACAAAGUACUGGGCUUCCCUGCGGAACCUGGUGGUGUCUCUCCUGAACUCCAUGAAGUCCAUCAUCAGCUUGCUGUUCCUCCUCUUCCUCUUCAUCGUCGUCUUUGCCCUUCUGGGGAUGCAGCUCUUUGGGGGCCAGUUCAAUUUUGACGAUGGGACCCCUUCCACCAACUUCGACACUUUCCCAGCAGCAAUAAUGACAGUAUUUCAGGUACAGGCUCCAGUGCUCGGUCAGUGUCCCACUGGGAAGGGAAACAGGAAGAGGCAUCACUGCAUGAACUGAGGGGAAAGGCCCUUCGGAAGGACACCCACAAAGGGGAAGUGAUUGUCGUUCACUGUGUUAAAAACCCUUUGUUUUCUUGUGGGCACCCACUGAACUCAGAUGCCUGCUGAACCCUUUGGGAGGAACCACCCUGCGUUAAAGAUGCCCCACUAUUUUCAUGACAGGCCAAGAAAGUUCCCAGGCCCCAUUGCCGAGAUGUCCAGUAAGCCGCCCAGCAAAACCAGACUGGACCCACUCC